UCUUUAGUAGAACUUCCAUCAAUUCAAAUAAUAAUUGCUUCAGCAAAUCAAAUGUCUGAUUAUUUUGAGAGAUUUAUUUCUACUGACAAGUUUAAAGAGUUUAAUGAAGAAAUUGCUGAAGACGUGAUGCGGAUUAUUUUAUCUGAAGUAAGCUCAUUUACAUACCGUAAAACUUGUAAAAUGACACGCUCGAAUACAAUGGCUUCUUGUUUAAUACAGUCUUCUUAG